AUGGCUUUGUGGUUGGUGGUGGUGAUCGACCUGAAAGCUCUCCACAACCGUUGUCGUGGAGAGUACAGCAGAUGGCCUAAUCUUUUAGAGUCACUAAUUCCCCUCAUUACUUACGAGAGAUUUGGAACUGCAGCCAAUAUGUCUCGACAAGCCACUAGAUUCAUCGCUAAUCUCUCCUCAAAACUCACCUCUCGUACAUCUCCUUCAUCAUCAUCGAACUCGAUCUCUCAAGCGCGUUCAUUCGCGACAGCUCCUCCACCUCCGGCCGUUUUCGUCGACAAGAACACCCGCGUCAUCUGUCAAGGAAUUACAGGCAAAAAUGGCACCUUCCACACCGAGCAAGCCAUCGAAUACGGCACUAAGAUGGUUGGUGGAGUUACCCCAAAGAAGGGUGGAACAGAGCAUUUAGGGCUCCCUGUUUUCAACUCAGUUGCAGAUGCAAAAGCUGAAACCAAAGCUAAUGCAUCUGUAAUUUAUGUGCCUCCACCAUUUGCUGCAGCAGCAAUCAUGGAGGCAUUAGAGGCUGAACUGGAUUUGAUUGUUUGCAUUACAGAAGGAAUUCCACAACAUGACAUGGUUCGUGUAAAGGCUGCUCUUCUUAAGCAGUCAAAAACUCGGCUGAUUGGACCAAAUUGCCCUGGUAUCAUUAAGCCUGGAGAAUGCAAGAUUGGGAUCAUGCCUGGUUACAUUCAUAAACCAGGGCGUAUUGGUAUUGUAUCUCGAUCUGGCACACUAACUUAUGAAGCGGUAUACCAAACUACUGCUGUAGGGCUAGGUCAGUCCACAUGUGUAGGUAUUGGUGGGGAUCCUUUUAAUGGGACCAACUUUGUUGACUGCAUGAGAAAAUUCAUUGCUGAUCCUCAGACAGAAGGUAUCAUUCUGAUUGGUGAGAUAGGUGGUACUGCAGAAGAAGAUGCUGCUGCCCUCAUAAAGGAAAGCGGGACUGACAAGCCUAUUGUUGGGUUUAUUGCUGGACUUACUGCUCCACCUGGGCGACGCAUGGGCCAUGCUGGAGCCAUAGUAUCAGGUGGAAAGGGUACAGCGCAAGACAAAAUCAGGACCCUGAGGGAAGCGGGUGUGACAGUGGUGGAAUCACCAGCAAAGAUUGGAGCUGCUAUGCUUGAGGAUAAAUGGGUUAGUGGCAGGGGAAAAAAAGAGAAAACAAAAAAGGAAAAAGGAAUAAAAUAUCUGUCUACUCUCUCACGGCUCAACUACAAAAUUUCUUUCAUCUCUGCGUCUCCUCCUGCCCCCACCUCCACUCCCAUCCGAUCGGAGCUCACCAUGCAUUCCAUGAUCUUUUCACCGUACACACUAACGCCAUCAAGUUCAUCGAUCAUACCACUAACAUCUGUCAAAUCCAAAUCAUCCAUCACCGCAUCUCCAAAUUUUUGGAGAAAGUCUCGCUCUGAUUCUGCUUCGGUGAUAUGUAAUGUUUCAGGAACUUCAUCUUCUUCUAUCACUGAUUUCGAUCUGUAUGAUCUGCUCGGUGUCGAUAGUUCCUCCGACCAUUUGGCGAUAAAACAGGCGUACAGGUCACUGCAAAAGAAAUGUCAUCCGGAUAUAGCCGGAGCGGCGGGACACGACAUGGCAAUCAUUCUCAAUGAAGCCUAUGCUGUUCUAUCUGAUCCUCUUUCACGUUUCUCUUAUGACAAGGAGCAAGCUAAGGUUGCAGAUUUCAAAGGUUAUACAGGAAAACCAAUAUACUCAGUAUGGUAUGGAUCCGAGAGUGAGCAGAGAGCUAUCUUUGUUGAUGAAGUCAAAUGCAUUGGCUGCUUAAAAUGCGCCUUAUUUGCCGAAAACACAUUUGCAAUUGAAUCUGUUUAUGGUAGAGCUCGAGUCAUUGCUCAAUGGGCUGACUCAGAAAACAAAAUUCAAGAAGCCAUUGACGCAUGCCCUGUUGAUUGCAUCUCAAUGGUGGAGAGGUCGAAACUUGCAGCAUUAGAGUUCCUGAUGUCAAAGCAGCCACGUGGCAAUGUUAGAAUUGGUGCAGGAAAUACCGUGGGCACUCGUGUAUCAAAUAUCUUCGUUGAGGUUGAUAAAUUCCAAGAUCAAUUUCAUGCAGUCAUGGAGAAACAAUCUUCAAAGCAUUCCAAGGAACAAGACCUACAUUGGGAAGCACGGAUGUCUGCAAUUCAAGUCAUCAGAUCAUUCACAAACUGGUUAUACUGGAAACCACCCAUUCCAGGAAUGCCUGCAUCUCAAACAAGUAGAAAAUUAUUACAAAUUCCAGAAAACUGCACACAAUCAAACUCACCAGACAUCAACAAGCUAAAAGAAGCUGUUGCUGCUCGAAAACAAUCACAAACAGCUACAAAAUCAAAACCAAACGAUUCACCAGAAUACUGGACUCCAUCGGCAUUCAUCCUCCCGGAAUCAACAAAGAACAAUUCCGACCCUACAGCUUCACCUAAUAUGACAGCUAGUAAGAAACCUAAGGGGGAAUCAUACAGUGAAAAGUUUGUGGGUUCAAAGAUUCGAAGGAGGAGUAAUGGUUAUGAAAUUGGUGUUCCUGUUGGGAUGGCUGUUGUUGCAGCAGUUGUAGUUAGGGUAAAACUUGGAGAUGCUUCUGGUGGUGGAAUUGAAACGCAUGUUGGUGGUUCGUUGUUACUGGAUGUGGUUAAUAGUUCAUGGCUGCAAGUCAUUCUGGCUGGUGUUACGUGGUAUCUUGUUGGUAUGGCUGCGGUUGAACUUUUAGCGGUCUUUAGGAUAAAAUCGGAUGACACUGUAGAAUGAAUAAAACAAUAAAAUAAUAUAUGUAUAUAUAUGUUAUAGGUUAAAUUGUGUUAGUCUUAGGUUAUGAAUACAUGCCCCAUGAAUUUACUGAAAUGGAACCUAGUGCUAGUGCUUAUCACUUGAGAUUUAAACACUAAUAAAUAUUAAAUAAUAGACUAAAUAGAGUGAGUCUAUGAUCAAGCUUCAAUUUAAAGAUGGUCUGCCAUUCAAAAGAACCGGUGUAAGAUAGUAGUCAUCAUGAUCUUCAUACUUUACAAAUUUUUCUAAUUAUAUUAAAGGGUUAGUGUCACUCUUACGCUGUGAACUUUAGGUUUUCGAUGUCUUUUGUUAACUAUUCCUUUUUAGUAUUCUAACCGAUUAUUUUGAAGAUAAAGAGGUCAUCCGGUUGCAAAGCUUACAUGGUAUGCCACAUGGCAUGACAUUUUGGUAAGCAAAGAUUACACAUGUGGCGCCGAUACACAGAC